GUGUGUGUGUGUGUGUGUGUGUGUGUGUGUGUGACGAUCAGACUCACCUUCAGACUGAACUAACAACGUCCUCUGAGUGAGUUCAUCUACAGGAGAGAGGAGGAGGAAACUACAACACUGCAGACGCUCCACACACUGAAGCAUCACUCAGAGACAAAAUGGCUUCCAGGUUAGAGGAGGAUCUCUGCUGUCCCGUCUGCCUUGACGUCUUUGAAGAUCCUGUCGUUCUGUCAUGUGGCCACAGCUUCUGUAAAGACUGUCUGCAGAGCUGCUGGACAGAGAGACGAACACGGGAGUGUCCAGUCUGUAAGAGAAGAUCUUCAAAGAAGAUUAUACCUCCUAACUUGGCUUUAGAGAACCUGUAUGAGAACGUAUUCCUGGGUAGAGACCAGAGAGCUUCAGAGGAUCUCUGCAGUCGGCACUCUGAGAAACUCAAACUCUUCUGUCUGGACCAUCAGCAGCCGGUGUGUCUCGUCUGCAGAGACUCGGAACAACACACCAACCACAGAUUCAGACCCAUCGAUGAAGCUGCACGACAACACAAGAAGGAACUUCAGGAAACUCUGGAGCCUUUAAAGAAGAAGUUAAAGGUUUUUGAAGAAGUUACAGUGAAGCUCGAUCAGACAGCAGAACACAUGAAGGUCCAGGCCCGACACACAGAGAGGCAGAUUAAGGAUCAGUUUAAGAAGCUGCACCAGUUUCUAGCAGAGGAAGAGGAGGCCAGGAUGGCUGCACUGAGGGAGGAAGAGCAGCAGAAGAGUCAGAUGAUGAAGGAGAAGAUGGAGGCUCUGAGCAGAGAGAUAGCAGCUCUUUCACACACAGUCAGAGCCACAGAGGAGCAGCUGAGAGCUGAAGACGUCUCAUUCCUGCGCAACUACAAGGCUGCAGUGGAAAGAGUCCAGCAGCGCCCCCUGCUGGAGGAUCCACAGCUGCCCUCAGGAGCUCUGAUAGACCAGGCCAAACACCUGGGCAACCUGAGCUUCAACAUCUGGAACAAGAUGAAGGACAUGGUCUCCUACACUCCUGUGGUUCUGGACCCAAACACUGCUCAUCCAGUACUCAUCCUGUCUGAAGAUCUGAGCAGUGUGACAGCAGGAGAGAGACAGAAGCUUCCUGAUAAUCCAGAGAGGGUUGAUUAUAACUGGUCUGUCCUGGGAUCUGAGGGCUUUAACUCAGGGACUCACAGCUGGGACGUCGAGGUUGGAGACAGUACAGACUGGCUGCUGGGUGUGUUAGCAGAGUCUGUCCAGAGGAAGGGACUCAUACUGUCUGAUGUUUGGGGAAUAAUGUUAGACGAAGGUGAAUACUCAGUGCGGUCACCACCAGCUCCACCCACUGAUCUCGUCGUGCAGAAGAAGCUCCAGAGGAUCAGAGUGAAUCUGGACUGGACCAGAGGAAAGCUGUCGUUCUCUGAUCCUGAUACUAACACACACCUACACACCUUCACACACACUUUCACUGACAGGAUGUUUCCAUUCAUUGAGACUGUGGAUGAACUCCCAGUGAAGAUAUCACCUCUGAAGGUGUGUGUGAGAGUGACACAGAGCAGUCAAGUCGAGGAAUCCUUGAAACAUGAAAAGUUGCAGAGCUGGCACAUCUUCGUCAUCACCAGGAUCAGACUCUCAGCAUAUCUUUAGAAGCAGUUUCCUCUUUAAGUGUUUCGGAUUACGUAACACAGGAAAGAAUGCAGAGUCCAUCCGACCAGAGCCAACAGUCAGAGGUCCACUGUGUGACAGCACAGAGUCCAAAGUGACCAAACAGAACCGAUUCAUUCAUUAAUGGAAGAACAGAGCUCCACAUGAACAGACAGAAGAUGUUUCUGGACCUGUAGGUGUUCACAGCCACCCUCUGAAUGUGUAAAACCUGACAGGCCCUCACUGGUGCCAGGUUUGUCUGUUCUGGGCGACUGUGGAAACAUGGCGGUGCAACAUGGCGUCGUCUGUGGACGAUGUCCAUGUACACUUCUCUAAUGGACACCUGCCAGCCAAUCAGAAGCCAGUAUCAACUCUGACCAGGCGAGCUGAUCUGAGCCUCAGUGAGGAAUUUAUGUCCAUGUGUUCAGU